AUGUCGCUCAACGGCCUCGACAGUGUCGCCGUCACACAGGCGUACCAGAGCGCCCUCGCCGAGGCUGGGGGAUGGUUCCUGCUGCGAUAUACGUCCAGGGAUGCCGUAGAGGUGCUGACCCGGGGAACGGGCGGUGCUGGAGAGGCACGCGUUGCUGUCACACAGUAUCAAGAAAAGUCACCGCUCUAUGGCCUGUUGCUAUACCGCCGUCGCAAGGUCUUGGUCAAGUACGUGCCCGACGAGACUUCACGCCUGCUACAGGCGCGCGUCGCCGUCCACUUUCUCGCCAUCACCGACCGCUUCGCGCCGCACGACAUUGUCCUCACCAUCACGUCCCCAGAGGAGCUUAGCGACGCCGCCCUUGCCGCUGCGUGCACCCUGCACACCGCUGCCCCCUCGAGCUCCUCCUCGAGCGGAUCCUCACGCCAUCAGAAGCUCAGCUGGAUACAAGAAGCGGCAGAGGAGGGACACAACAACACCACCAACGAGGACGGUACCAGCCCACUGCGGCCUACGACUGCAAAAUCGGCCAUACCCACCAUCCUCGAGCCUCGGUCGAGCAAUGAAGACGACUCGCUGCGGAAUGGCUCCUUGACUUCGCAGACAGAGACGGUUCCGCUGAUGCUCGAGGAGAAGAGCAGUCAAGCCAAGCCAGAAGUGCGACCCGCAUCCAUAGCAUUGCCGGAAAAGUCGCACGUCUCGACGCAGGUGCGGUCUGAGUGUCCCAUGACACCGCCAGAGAAGGACCUUGCCGACCUACAAGCAACCCUCGAGAGCUACGAUCAGCUGUUUGAAGGUGGGCCCGAGCCUCGUCUCUCCUCUCAGACGACACGUCCCACCUACAACGAGCUCUACGAACACUACUACGCCCAGUACACCAAGCCCAAGGUCAAGCUGGGACCACGGCCGCGCCCUUCGACUGACGGAAGGAGACCGUCCACCUCGGGAAGCGGCUCACAAGACGCUGCAAGGCCAGUUUCAUCCUUGCCCCCUGGCCUUCGCUCUGCCACUCGAAAGGCCGCGGAGAAGAAAGAGUCCAAGACCAGAAAUUCUAGCACCGUUCCCGCCAUCGCCAUCCCGCCUCCACCACCGAUUCCCAAAACGCCCGACAUGCCACAUUCUCCCGUCUCGCCCGCAUACUCGAGCAGGACACCUGCCAGUGUAAAGUCGAUGCCCGCCGUGUCUGUGUACUCUAGCCAGCAUAGAUCCACGGGUAUGACGCAGGAAAAGACCAGGCUGAUGAAGGCACUGGAAAUGCGGAAAAAGCAACAAAAGGCACAAGAGGAGAAGAAAGCGAAGCUGUCUGCAGAUGCCGCCGCUGCGUCGGAAUCGCAGGCAGACACCCCUGCUCCUGAGGAUAAAACUGAUGCAUCGCUAAAGAAUCCAGACCUAGAGACAAGGACCACAUCAGACACAGGAGAUGAACGAGCCAUUGCACAGGAGGAAGAGGGCAUCUCCAAUUCUAAUGCCAUCCCCUCGCCUGUAGAGGACCACUUGUCGCCGUCGGGCUUGGACAAUUCUGGUCUGGCCUUUACCGGAAGCCAAAUGGAAAUGGAUGACCUCAACUCUGCUGCUUCAGUAUCGUCCCCAACGUCCGCACAGACACAGGGAUCAUCAGCUCCACCUUCGACCAGACCGUCAUCCCUCUCAGACGACGACGACGAACAUGCAAGCUUGAAGACGUCGAAUGAUCAGCAAGAGGCCUCUGGCGUUCGCAGCCCAGAUUCCCUUGAGGAGGGCCAAUCAGUCGAUAGCACACCCACUGUCGUCCCCGAGAGUCAGACACCAGCCGCUUCAGUAGCGUUGCAAAGCACGAUUCCACAGACUACCGUCACAGAUUCAUCAGCAUUCGACAACCAUGCCAGUGGGCUUACCAUGCCAGCUGAGCAAGGAGACGAUGGGCGUGCACGACGAUCAAAGCGAGAGUCCAGAAUCUACAUGCCAUCAGGCCAAGGCUUUGGGUAUGAAGAGGCUUUCAAGAGGAAGAACAGAGAGUCAAUGCUCAUGCCAACUCCCAAGAGUCACAGCUGGUUCGAGACCAAGGAGGCGCAUCAAACUCUGGUUGAUCCUGUCGAAUUCAAUGCGGAACAGUCAGAGACCGAGUACUUGUCCGAUGAUUCCUUCAUGGAAGAGCUGCAGAGCGCCACAGUACACCAAGCGAAGCCCAUGUCUGUGUCCAAGUCCCCCAUCACGCCCUUCUUUUCACGCAAGUCAUCUGCUUCCAAUAUGACACCCCCUGGGACAGCAUCGACACACCGAAGCAUCGGAGGCGGCUCACCUGAGCUCUCAGUACGCAAGGCAUCGGGUGGCUGGCCGCCUCGUCCAAAGACAUCAGACACCGUAGUGGCGGCCAAGAAGAUUACCGUCUCGUCUGGCAUCUCCCAAAGGAUCAAGGCACUUGCAGAAAAGUCUAGUCGCGAACUUAAACAGACGCCAGGCAAUGCUAGUAGCAACUCGCUCGAGCCAGGUUCGACACUGGCGCAACGCAAAUCCUCCUUCUUUGCAGCUACGCCUACGGAGACAUCGCCCAAUGGACGGUCAUCCUCACGGCUGGGAGGCCCGGCCUUUUUGACUUCCUCUGCAUCUUCAACACCUGACAAAAAGAAGAAGCAGCAGUCUGAUCCCGUCAAGUCGACUGCUUACAAUGUCCGUGGAGCCGAAAAGCCCGAAUCCGUGCAGGUUACGGCUCGUAUCAUUCGCGAUGAGCGCACUGCGAAGCCGACGCUGGCAAUGCCUACCGAAAACACACCUCUGGAACUACACCAAAGUCCCCUCAUCAUCGACCACCAAAAACCCACCUGGACGCCCAAGAGCCCGACUCGUGGCAGGCCCGAGACAGCCUCCCCAAGAGCACCACCUUCGUCUUCACACUCACGCGAGCAAAGCAUCGCACCAUCACGAACAUCCUCGGAAAGUACAUGGAGAGCUUUCGGUCGUAGAAUGAGCGAAACGAGGUCCAUCCACAGCCACGAUGGCGGCGAUGAACGUGGCGAAGACAAGAAGGAGAAGAAGGAAAGGAAGGACUCGAGGACGAGCAAGAUGUUCAAGCGCAUGUCUUCGUCCAUGCCUUGGAAGAGCUCGAGCAACAAUCUCGGACUUCCUGAGCAGGGCCUCGGAUCAUCUUCUUUGUUUUCUCUCAGAGAGCCACCGUCUCCGGUGCAUGUUGGCGAUCUGAACAUUCAGUUUCCGGAUACCUUGCUCUGGAAACGCCGAUAUGUUGAAAUCGAUGCUUCGGGCAACCUUGUCCUCAGCCCCUCGCGCUCCAACGAGAAGGGUGUCGUCAAGCGCUUCCACCUGAGCGAAUUCCGCGCUCCCUACCUUCCCGACCAAGAUCGCCAGGAACUCCCGAACAGUGUUGUCCUGGACUUUGUCGAUGGCAGGACGCUGCAGUGUGCAUGCGAGACGUACAUGGCGCAGAGCCAGAUUCUGCAGAUCUUGACAGAGGCACAUGAUGCCUGGCUUGCCUAUGGUCAAGCGGCUUAA